AUUUAUCGAAUUACUGUAUUUUGAGCCAUUUUACGUAUACACAAUUUGAUAUAGACUUACACUAUGGAUCCUGGAGAUCAGAUUUACACCCUGCAAGAAUUCCAAACGUGGAAAACAGAAAAUUUGAAGGCCUAUUUAACCAAGAGGGGUCUGUCUAAAGAAGGUACUAAAGAAGAACUUGUAGCUCUUUGUUUUUCUGCUUCCAAGUUAAAUCUACCUAUUAUUCCAACAGCUCGUGAUAUUUUAGAACAUAAUGCUAAGUGCUAUGAAAGUAUUUUAUCUGCUUGUGGAAUCCAAGACCCCCUGAAAACAUACGAAGGAUGGAUGGACGAGAAGAGUGCAAUAGAUAAGUGGCCACCGACAUUUUUGUCUGACAUUACUCAGUUUUUAUUAAAGCAUGGAGAUGUCUCCCUUACAAAUUCACUUCUCAAAGAUUACAAGGUUGGCAAAGCAUAUGAAUAUUUUACAAGUGGCUGGCUCCAAGAAGUUUUUUAUUACCGUUUGACAAGCGAAAAGAAAUGCAUCUUAAGAGCAAAGUGCACCCCCUCCCAACGAAUUCGAGAUGAUUUACAUGACUGCUGGGCAGCAAUUUCGGAAGAGGAUGGUGAGGUUUUGGGAGCCUACUGUACAUGUACUGCAGGAUUAGGGCAAACAUGCAACCAUGUUGCUGCAUUACUUUUUCGCAUCGAGGCUGCUAAUCAGUUUGGGCAGACAUCAUGUACUAUGGCCAGAUGUGGUUGGGUGCAGCCAAAGGUGAUGAAAGAUUUGGAGCCACAGAAAAUAUCAGCCUUAUGUACCAGCCUGAAGAAAUCUUCUCGAGCUAAAUAUGCUAAAAGCAGACCACUAGUGGCCACUGAAAAGAAAAAGUACAACCCUCUUGAAAUUGAGGAGUCCAACACCGCCAUACUUGACAGUUUGAGCAUUGCACUUCGUGGUGUUGUCCCCGAGGCCUGUUUAUUCAAAGGUAAAUUAUAACUAAUCUAACAUUAUGGACUCUU